AUGUCAUCUCUUAUUAAUUUACAAGUUCCAUUUCCUCCAUCUACAAAUGCAGAUGAAAUCGUUGAAUUACAUUUAGAAAAGGGCGUUAACCAAACUAUGAACGCGUUUAUGAUUUAUCGAAAAGAAUUUAAUCGUAUAGUAACAAAUUAUAAUCUUGAACUUAAGGAUAUAUCUAAAUAUGCUGGUAUUUCAUGGAAAAACGAGACGGAAGAUGUUAAAGAUUAUUACCGACAAAUGGCAAAAAAAGUGAAAAAAAUUUUCAAAGAAAAGAGACCUUUUCGUUUCAUCCACAAUAAGCAAGAAUCUUGUACAAAGGACCUUAUGACUAUAGAUGAUGAUGAAUUUAUGAAAUAUCUUCCUUAUGAUUUAUCUGAAACUUAUCGAGCAAUCAUUCAAUCAUUACUAGUUUAA